CUCCCGCCGCUCUCCCCGGCCAACCUGUGGCUGCAGCCGCGCUGCUGCGGGAGCUCGGCGGGGCGCACCCGGUGUCUGCGGCUGCCCCGUCCCGAGCGCGGAGGAGGAGGAGGAGCGGGGGUCCCCGCGCCCGGCCCGGCCCGGCCCAGCAGCGGCUCGGCGGCCGGAUCCGCGCCCGGCAGGUGCGGGGCGAGGCGAGGCGAGGCUUGGCGGCGCCCCCGGGCUGGCUGCGGGCGGGCAUGGCCAGGAACACGGCGCUGCACUUCCGAGUGGUGGAAGGGAGGCACCUGCCCGCCAAGGACGUGUCUGGUUCCAGUGACCCCUACUGCAUCGUCAAAGUUGACAACGAGGUUGUAGCCAGGACUGCGACGGUGUGGAAGAACCUGAACCCCUUCUGGGGCGAAGAGUACACCCUGCACCUGCCCCUGGGCUUCCACGGCCUCACUUUCUAUGUGCUGGAUGAGGACACCAUUGGACAUGAUGAUGUCAUUGGCAAGAUAUCACUCAGUAAAGAACAGAUUUCUUCUCACCCACGAGGCAUCGACAGCUGGAUCAACCUGACGCGAGUUGACCCCAAUGAAGAGGUGCAGGGGGAGAUCCAUUUGGAGCUGUGGGUGCUGGAGGAACCCCACAGGAGAGUGCUACACUGCCACGUGAUUGAGGCCAGGGAUCUGGCUCCCCGGGAUAUCUCCGGCACCUCAGACCCCUUUGCACGAGUGUCCUGCAAUGGCCAGACCUUGGAGACAGCUAUCAUUAAGAAGACUCGGUUUCCUCACUGGGACGAAGUGCUGGAGUUUGACCUGGAGGAGAGGGAGCUGGAGAAGGAGACCAGGGGCCCCCUUCUGAGCAUGGAGGUGUGGGAUUGGGACAUGGUGGGGAAGAAUGACUUCCUGGGACAGGUUGAGUUCUCUCUGGACACCCUUCAGAAAUCCCCCGUCAAAGGCUGGUUCAGGCUCCUGCCCUUCCCCAAUGCUGAGGAAGAUGCUGGAGGGAAGCUGGGUGCCCUGAGGCUGAAAGUCCAACUGGCUGAGGACCGGAUCCUGCCCUCUAUGUACUACCAGCCCCUCAUCGAGCUCCUCGUGGAAUCCAUCCUGUGCCCGGCUGAGGAGGAACACGUCACUCCAUUGGCCAUCCUGGAGGAGAUCAGCUCUGUGGAAAGCCGCCAGGAUGUGGCCAUGAAGCUGGUGAAGAUCUUCCUGGGACAAGGCCUGGCUGUGCCCUUUCUGGACUACCUCAACCUGCGGGAGGUGACCAGGACCACUGACCCAAACACACUCUUCCGCUCCAACUCGCUGGCUUCCAAGUCCAUGGAGCAGUUCAUGAAGGUGGUUGGGAUGCCCUACCUCCACGAGGUCCUCAAGCCAAUCAUAAACCGCAUCUUUGAGGAGAAGAAGUAUGUUGAGUUGGAUCCCUGUAAGAUUGAGAUGAACCGUACCAGGCGGAUAUCCUUCAAGGGUUCACUGUCUGAGGCCCAGGUGCGGGAGAGCAGCCUGGAGCUCCUGAAGGGAUAUCUGAGUGACAUCAUGGAGUCCAUCAUUGGCUCGGUGGAGAAAUGUCCACCAAUCAUGAGAGUGGCCUUCAAGCAUCUACACAAACAGGUCGAGGACCAGUUUCCAGAGGCAGAGCACGAGGAUGUGAAGUACAUCGCCAUCAGUGGCUUUCUAUUCCUCCGCUUCUUCGCUCCUGCCAUCUUGACUCCAAAGCUGUUCAACCUCCGGGACCAACAUGCUGACCCCCGGACCAGCCGCACGCUUCUGCUCCUGGCCAAGGCAGUGCAGAGCAUCGGCAACCUGGGCCUACAAUUGGGGCAUGGCAAAGAGCAGUGGAUGGCUCCGCUGCACCCUUUCAUCAUUCCCUGUGUCAGCCAUGUCAAGGACUUUCUGGACAAGCUCAUUGAUGUGGACAGCGAAAACGCAGGUGAGGCUCAGCCCCGGACGCUCUUCCACCCAUCAGCCACUAUCAAGGAGGGCUACCUGCACAAGCGCAAGGCUGAGGGCCUGCACCUGGUCACACGCUUCACCUUCAAGAAGCGCUACUUCUGGCUGAGCAGUGAAACCCUCUCCUACUCCAAGUCCCCUGAGUGGCAGGUCCGCUCCUCCAUCCCCAUCCAGCGGAUCUGUGCUGUGGAGAGGGUGGACGAAAAUGCCUUCCAGCAGCCACACAUGAUGCAGAUCAUCACGCAGGACGGCGAGGGGCAGCUCCACACCAUGUACAUCCAGUGCAAGAACGUGAACGAGCUCAAUCAGUGGCUGUCAGCCGUUCGCAAAGCCAGCAUCUACAACGAGCGUAUGCUGCCCUCCUGCCACCCUGGAGCCUUCCGAGGCAGCCGCUGGACCUGCUGCCUGCAGGCUGACCGCACAGUACAUGGCUGCAGCCGGACUCACUCUGCUGUGACCCUUGGGGACUGGAGUGACCCCCUCGACCCAGAUGCCGAGGCCCAGAUGGUGUAUGGGCAGCUCUUGCUGGCGAGAGACAAGCUCAGGGAGAAGUACCUGGAGUUGUCCGAAGCAAGGCUGGCACUGGAGCAGGAGGAGGGGCAGGAAGGCAGCUAUACCAAGGAAGACCAUGAACGCUCUUUCCAGGACCGCAGGAUGGCUGCCACUGCCCGCCUGCUGGAUGUCAUCCAGGACCUGGAGCGUGCCCACAGUGCCUUUGAGCGCCGGGAGAAGGAGGAGGCGGCCACUGAGUCGUACUAGGCCUAGGCAGCCUCUGCCCCCUGCCCUGUGCCACUCCUGGAGCCUGGGCCUCCAUCAGACUGCACCCGCCUAGCAGCAGCAUGUGAGAGCCAACCCUGGUACCAGCUCUGUCCACCCAUCGGGCCUGGCAUUGUGGUCUAGAGUGUGUGCAACUGAGGCAGGUCCUUGCCCUGCAUUGAAGGCCAAUAGGACAGGAGCAACAGGGUCACAGUAGAAGACAAUACCAACACUGGCUGGAGGUGGCCCAGCGCUCCUUGCUCUCCCACCUCUGCAUCUUGAUAUAGUGCCCACAUCUGCCAUCAGAUGGCACCAGGAACACUCUGUGUGCCCAGACCCUGAACAGGGGCAGGCAGCUGCCUGCUUCCCAUGGGACAGAACAGCAAAAAUCCACAUGUCCCAGCCAUCUCUGCCAGUGCCCUGGAGAUGAGCUGCUCCUCAGCCCUCACCUGGGCCAGUACUCAACUCUGCUAAGCCGCAUCUUCACAGUAAGCCUCAGUCCAUGCGUGUCUGUCCCUGGGAACUCCAGACUGGAACCUGGAGAGCUAUGGGGACACUGGUCUCUGGGUGGCAAGCUGAGGAAAGCAGCAGUACCAGGGUUUGAAUUACAUUUCAACUCUUGUGGGGGGGGGUCUGUGGUGUUGGCAGCUGGAAGCCGGAAAGAGCCACUGCCUCAGGCACGGAGCAGGUUGGGGGUCUCAUCUCUUAUGGAGGAGCUCUUGCCUCUUAUGUGGGGGCUCGCCCCCCACCACUCGAGCUCCUCUGUAAUUCAAACCCUGGUGAUACCACAGAGGACAAUGUCUUCUUAUGGCCUGGUGACAUGGUAACUGUGGCUUUGAUGCAACAUAGAGACUCCGAGCUGCCUGAGGCAGCACAGUGCAGUGCUUUGUGGUACAGAUCACCCAGUCUCACAUGCCUGUAAGUGAACCAUGUCUUAAAGCAGAAUAUGGCUUCUUCUGGUUGGCCCUUGCCCCAGGAGAAGAAGUCACCAGUUCCCAGGGAUGCUUCCCUCCUCUGUUUUGUUAUCACUGUGGCUUCAUCUGUGUGUGUGGCAGGUGGGAGGGAGGGACUGGAUCUUGUCUUCUCUGGUACCUUGCUGUGGAGCUCAGCUAUACCAGGGCAUUGAGAGGAGGCUGUGUGGGAGAUGGGAGGGAGGCCUGGUGCGUGGGUCUGCACCUCAUUUCAGCUGAAAUAACCGUCCUCUGGAGCUCCAGCCACUUCCAGACUCAGAGCCACAGGGAUGUACCGCUCAGCCUGUGGUGAUUGCUACAUUAUGUGUUGAGCCUCCAGACUCACUGAGACAUGGGCUGGCUGUGCAACCAGUGCUGAGGAGAGGGAGGACCCCUCAGGAGAAGAUGGAAGGAGUCCCGUAUAUCAGAGCCCCCCGGGGUGAUGAGAGCUGAGGCAGCCCCUUGCAGUGCCCAGCACACAUUCUGGGGGGCAGACUAAGGGCACAGCUGCCAUGAACCCUACUCCCCCUGCUAGUCCACUGAGGUGGAAGUCUAAGCCCUGGUGCCCCCUGGCCUUAAGUCUCUCCCCCUUUCCAGGACUGCUCAGUCUCAGCUGAGAUUAUCCAUAGAAGAGAGUAGAUGAAGUCCACCUGCAACAGGAGGAGAGUUACUGGGGUUAGGAAGGUUGAAAAAGAACCAUCCAGAGAAGGCACAUCCUCAGUGUACUGUGUGCUAUUAGCCCAUGGCUCAGCAGAGCACAGGGGCCCUGGGCUUUUCUCAUACCCUGCCCUGACCCAAGUGGAAGAACUGAGAUGGUUCCUCUGUGGACCACAGACCAGGUCCAGAAGCUAGAACUGCCCCCCACCACUUCUCGGGACAUCUUAUCCAGGGCCCAGGAGUGAGGUCUGGAACCUGCCUAGAUCUAUGAAGCUGGUGAUGCCCUCCAGGGUAGGGAGCAAGGAAAUGCCCCUUAUGAGGGUAGGGUAAGAACCAGGAUUUCCAACCACAUUGACUCAGGGUACAGCAGUGGGGAGACCAUGCAGCAAAGGAGAUUGUGAUGGGGUGAGAAGGUGGGGACUGUGACUGGAACAUGAGCCUCCAAACCAGCCCCUAGCUUCAGGGCAGAUGCAGGUAAAGCCCAGCCCUGCUGAGCAGCCCAGAAGAGGGGCUGGGAAGAGGGAGAUCUCAUCUUCUCUCCCCAUGGCAAAGCCCUGCCUGCAAAGGUGCCAGCUGCCCAGCUCAGCUUGCCAUACUCAGGGCUAGUGAUAUCACCUGGAUAGAUAUCCCAGCCUGGAAGGCCAGUUGUGGUCCCCUGGAUUUUAACUCAACAGUGUCCUCAUGCAGUUCAGUGUUGUGUACAUCUCUCUAGAUGUCUUACACACACAGCCUGUGCUUUAGGACUUCUGUUUAGGCUGUGAGCUCAAAAAUGAGGACCUGCCAGCAUUCAGGUUGUCUAUCCAGCCUUCAUUCUACCGUGUGUGUGUGUGUGUGUGUGUGUGUGUGUGUGUGUGUGUGUGUGUGUGUGUGUGUGAGAGAGAGAGAGAGAGAGAGAGAUAUGCAGGUGCUAAUUACAUGAUCACAUAGCUUGCCUUGCAUCCCACCCCUGCCACAUUCAGUGUAUGGAGCGAUGGUGCACACAGAAUGAGCUGCUUGCUGAUGUUUUUACUUAACCUUGUUCAGCAUGUGGCUCCAGGCCUUUGUCAUGGCACCCUGCUCUGAAAUCAGUUUAUUUGCUGUCUCCUGGGCUGUUCCAUGGCUCUGUUGUUUGAGAGUUUCUAAGAAGCCCUGUUUGAUGAGGCUGUCUUGUUAUCAGUCCUAUUUUACAGAUGGGGGAAACCAAAUGCCAAGACACAGAGAGAUGAAGCACAGAAGUGCUCAAGAAGCUGGAGUGGCCAGUUGGAGAUGCCAAAGACCUUAUUUUUUAGCAUGCUUAGCAACAUAUAGGGCUCCACGUGUUACAGCCCAUCUCCCUUUGGCUUUACAGUAGCUAUGGGUGUUGUGCAUUCUUCAGAUCAGCCCCCAGGGAUGCAAGUGGGACGCCCAAAAAUGAGGAACAUGGAGUCAGUGAACAUCCAUGGAAAGGCUGGUUUAAAUGAUUUGCCCGUGGUUACACAGGAACCCAGUGACAGAGGCAGGAACAAAACCCAGUUCCCCAGGGCAGCAUUAACUGCUGUAAUGGAGAGAUGUUUUUUUGCUUCCUGCUAUGCCCUGCCUCAUGCAUUACACACCUUUCACCUGCAGCAGGAGUCUGUGACAAGUUGCCUUCACUUUGAGUCCUCUAUAAAGUACCAGCCCCUGCACAGAAUGAGACAGGGUUCCCAUAGGAAAAAUAGUACAUGAUCAUGUCAUUAUAAUAAACUAUAUCAUGUGUACACACAUGGGAGCUACCUUCAGGCUGCACAGGUAACCAACGUCCCCUAAGUUCUGUGCGCUUCACUAAGCAACCUGCAUAACGCUCACUUCACAGAGGGUUUUUGGGUGUAAUUUCCAGUUUGUUUGUUUUUUAAAUGCACUUGAAUUUCCAUCCUGCAGCAUCACAUUAGUGCUCACACAGGGCAUCAGCAGGGUUGGAGUCAGAUCCACUGCAUGGGCCUCUGCCACUUGAAGUUCUGGAAUAACUUCUAGCAGUAGUAGGUUGUCAUCCUCUGCAUAGGCCUGCACUUCUGGGGGAAGGCCCACUUUGUCAGUAGGUUUUACUGAGACAUGCAGACGGCAGAGGAGGGGGCAAAACUCAGAGAUCUUGGUUUCUAUUCCAGGCUCUGGCAGGACAUGAACUGUUGUGGGUACAGAUUCUUCUGUCUGUUCCCCUCAAGUAUGUCCUGUUCAGUCUUUUCCCUCCUGCCUGCCCCCUGACGCUGUCCCUUCCCCAUGCUUUGCUCCAUGUCCAAGUCCCAUUUUGCUCACUUAGCCCAUCCCAGCCUCUGCUCCUCAGGCUUCCUAGACAAGUUCCAGUCUCCUUGCCCAGCCUUGACUUAACCCUUCCCCCACCAAUUCCUUCACCUCUCACCUACCAGGCUCCUGCCCCAUCCCAGAAGGUCUGGCUGGUUUUACCCCCAAAUCAGACAGCUACUUUUGCCCAGAAACAUGGUCCCAGUGGGUGCAUCACUGUGAGCACAGAGGAAACAGACUCUCUGUGUUUAGUUCAGGUGCCUGGACCCAGACACAGCUUGCACUGGUCCUGCUAGCCCCUGCCUGGAGCAUGUCAGGGUGAGUUGAAUAUUAAUGGAAUUUAGCUGCCAAAAGCAAGCGAGUCUGUACUGAACAUGUGCAGGGCAGUUUUUCUAAGGGUUACACCCCAUUUCAAAGCCCUGCUCUAAAACACUUCUCAAAAUGUAAGCCACCAGAAUGUUUUGGAAUGGACUAAACAAUACUUCCUCUCUGCCGGUUUUCAGCCAUGGUUGAUAUUUUCCAAUAAACUCCAGCCAGAGGAAACAAAAUCCAGAGCAUGGAAAAUCUCAGCUCCAGCAAUUAGUCUGGCAGAGUUAUAAGCAACUGACCACAGCCAUAUAAUGCCAGGUGACCAGUGACCUUAGCAAUAGGGCUUUUGCUUAGACCAGUCUGAGCUGGGGGCAUCACAGUCAUAUACUGGGCUGCUUGGCCCUGAACAGGAAGCAUGUUGGAUUCUUUGAAGUUUAUCACCACAAACCACUCUGAGCCUUGUCCACCCUGGCUGCCCAAAGCAAGUAGCCCUGUGACUGUCAGGGGUUGACAGCCUGUGCCCAGAAGCUGUAAGUACAAUGCACUCCUCUAUUGGUAAAAAGGACCAACAUAACAAAUGUCAUUUACAUGAGCUGCCUGCCCUUCAUCCUCUAAUGGUAUUGGGGAAUCACCAUAACUGACAUGAAAUUGGACUGGGGAUCAGGGGACUGCCGGAAAGACCAGGGGAGGACUAGGAUCCAAGACUUUGUGGAAGAUUCCCAAGCAUCCUGGACUCUCCUUUGCUGAGGACUCUGUUCGAGAGACAAUGCAGAGGCCUCCACAGUACAGCUGCUUUAGACUGUGCCAUAAGAUAAGGCCCAGGGGACAGAGGCUGAGCAGAAUGGGCCCCAAUGCCAGCCCAGCACCCCUGUUCAGCAAGAUUGUGAAGCUGAGUGAAGAGCAGCACCCAGGGACCCUCAACAGACUUGGGAUCAGACACCCACCUGUGAAGAAACACCUGGGCUGCUGCCGCUUGCUGCUCCCAACCGUGAGUGAGGUUAUGCAGGUGAGUCAAAGGGACAUCACUGCCAGACCAGGCUUUCCAGGGGGUGGAGGGGAGUGAGAUGGACUGCUGCCAGGGAGGGCCCCUGUCUGGGAGUCUUCUUACAGCUCUGUUCUCUUGUGUGUCCCAUGUUUGGACUGUGCCCCUUUCCCAUAAUAAAGUUUCUCUGUUUGUAUGCGGUCUGGGCAUA